UAAAAGGAGACAAUGUUAAUAACAACAGCGCUGUUAAGCAGCUGACUUCUGUUAAAUUAACAUUGGCCUCUAAGAAACAAAAGGAAAACAACGCAGUUUGCAACGCUCUAAAGAACGCCUACAAAUGCUCUAACUGGCUGCGAUAAAAACUUGCAACGAACAUGUCGCUGGUGGAACAUGACUCAUGGGACAUCGAGUAUGAGGGCUGCGAACGCUUGCGACAUCAGAUUCUGGUGCUGCUCAAUCAGCGGCGGCAACUGGGCGGCACAGCCGCCGCGCCGGAAUACGUGCGACUGACCAGCAGCAUUGAGGCCAGCCUGGAGCAGCUGCGCAAAGAUGUGAGUCACCUGAAGGUGGCGCUGGACAACGACAUUCUCUGGGAGCUGUGCCCGGCCGAGGAGCUGCAGCGGCGUCGCAUCAACUACGAUAAGCUGGCAUCGCAGCUGCGCGAAGCCGAUGCCAAAUACACGAGCAGCACACGCGCCGACCAGCUGCCGGCUAGCUCGAGCUCUGUGUGGCAGGGUGCGUCCGCCGCAGCGCCAGGUCGGCCGCAGGAUGUGGCCGCGCUUAGGCAACAGCAGGAAGCGAUACUGGAGCAUCAGAAUCGUGGCCUGGAGGUGCUGUCGGCGACCAUAUCGCGUCAGCGCAAUCUGGCCACACAGCUGGGCGACGAGGUCGAGGACCAGAACAACAUAUUGGACAAUCUGGCCAACACCAUGGAUCGCGUGGAGUUGGGCGUGCAGCGCGAGACGCGCAGCAUCAGCCAGGUGAACAGACGCGACAGCACCUGGGGCUACUGGCUGGUCAUUGUCUCGCUCUUUGUGGCCAUAAUUGUGGUCAUCCUUCUGUAGGACAGGGCACUCUCAACUAAUCUGCGACUAAUCUAUACACACACCUAUAUAUAUAUGCAUGUACAGGUAUUCUAUAUUCUAUGUUAUAUUUCCAUUUUCCAAAGAUGUUUCUGGAGUUGGAUACACUCCAAAGAUAUAUAUAUAUACAAAUGGCAGGGAUCGUGUGUCGACAUAUGUUCAAAUGCCCCGGCGGAAUAUUGUAAUCUUGUCUAUCCGUUUGUGUCCGAUCUCCGAUAUGGAUAUCGAUCGUGUAGCUAUAUCCUAAGCUUCCCAUCGUUAAAGAUAUUGCAAAGAUUGUAAUACUAUAUUAUAUAUUAUAUUAUAUAUCAGUUAUAUAGAAACUGCAAGAUUAUUCCCAUAUCUCUGCAAGGGCAUUUAAUAUUCGGCUGUCCGAAGUUAACUGUUUUUUUCUUGUCUACUUUUAAUUACGAAAUUUUACUAUGGAAAUCUGUUUAAUAAAUGUACGGAGGAGAUGUCAA